UGGCAAUCACAGCGCCACUGAUUUGAAGUUUCUGGUGGGGAUGAGAGAGAGCAUCUAUAAUCUAAUAUCUUUCGAACAACCCCCAAAAUCUGCACAACCAAGAUACAAAUCAUGUAGUCAAAGAGACGUCAUUUCCUUGUUCAAUGUAAAGAAGUAUCCCACUAGAACAAUGGGUGUUCCAAAAGUUCCUCCACCAGAUCCAGAGCAUUACCUAAAGAUGAGACAUUCAGCUUCCGAUGUGUGCCAAAAGCAAAAUUCAGAUGCAUUACCGGAGAAAAAAAGCUUCUACGACUGCUGUCUUCAAAAUAAAAAGGAACCUUUGCCAGCAGUGAAGCCUACAGAAGUAAAUUCGUUUUCUUGCAAGGACUUUAUAAAAUGUAAUAUGAAAAAUGUCGACAACGCCGUACCACCAAAGCCAAGAGCAUUUUUAGUUGAUACAAGAACAGGACACAAGUUUGAUGUAAAGUAUUCUGGCCUCCAACCAUUUUACGUGAAGCGUAAGAAUUAUGGUGAACUACCUAAAUAUCUUACUGAACGUGAGAAGGCUGCUUCUGAAGCCCAGAAAGACUAUGAGGAGUAUUUGAGACAGCUAAAAGAGAAAAAUUCUUUGCAGAAAAUCUCAGCAGAUGAGAAACAAGCUUUACUGGACCGCUUGAAAAGUAAAUGGCAACAAAGGUACAAGCAAUACCAAUCCUUAUCUGUCAUGAUUGACACUCCACCAAAAAUGCACCAUAAGCUGUGGUUAGAAAAGGAGAUGGAAGAUAUAGAAAAGGACAUAAAGCUCCUGGAGGGAUACGACUAUAUUUAUGUUGCUAAGUGAGGAAUCAACUAAGUUUUUUGGUGUAUCUGAACAAAAAAAAUAAUAUCUAAAGAAUCUGUGCAUAAAAACAUAGAAGUUUAUAUGAAAUUGUAUCCUUGAUAUAUAUAUAUAUAUAACAUAUGUCAAGUCCUCGUGGUAUAUUUCUUCACAAUAAAUUUUUUACACCUUGAGGAAUGUGUUUUCAGAUACAGUUAGACGGCAGCAGUGCUCAGUUCGGUAAUUAAAUUUGUACCGAGUGACUUAAUUGCACUCAAAUCCUCUAUUUCUUUUGUAGAUGUGUGUACUCUAAUAACCAUCAUGUUUAUGUAAUUGGAAAUUAAAAAUUCUUUAUGAAUUAAUGUUUUUAAUCUAACAGAUUUUGGUUUUAAUUUUGUCAGCAAGACUUGUGUACUUAGAUCAUUUUUAGUUAAU